AUGACACCACUACAGGUGACUCGUGAUAUGUCUCAAUCUCCUUCAAACUCUAGCGAAUGGAGCAAUCCCGAUAUGGAAAAUCAUCCUCCACUAGGUUCACCGUCAAGUACUUCUGGUGCGCAAAGUGCCGGAAGAAUACUAUAUUGUAGAAAAUGCGAAGGACAUGGUGAGAAAGUUGUUCUCAAGAAUCACACACCGAACUGUCCCUAUAUACUAUGUACUUGUAAAUCUUGCGAACGAUUGAAUCAGAAACGAUUGAAGUCCUUCAGCAAGAGAAAUAAGGAUAAAUUAAAAUUAGCUGCUGAAUUAUGCGAAAAAAGGCGACAAGAACGUGAAAGUCGUAGUAGUGGAAUGAGUUCUCGCAAAAUAUCAAGUUCAUCAACAGCCACAACAUCCUCAUCAAUUGAAGUCGAAAUGGAUUCUGACAGCAGCCCAACUCGUACCGGAAUCGAAAGUCGUAGCAUGUCUCUGGGAGCCAUGACUGUUAUGUCUUAUGAUAUAUGGAAAGCCAAAUGUGCUGCGGACAAGAAGAAGAUGGACGACGAACGCAAAGCUUCAUUAGCUUCACAGACAAUACCUUCUGUAGCGGAAAGUGAUGACGAUCUGAAGCCAAUCAGUCGGAAAAGAGCCAAUACAACAAUCUGUCCAAUGGAGCCAUAUAGGGAUAUUCCCAAAAUCUCUCCACCCAAUGUUAAAGAGAAAAAAGGCAGAUACAUCCUUCUCCCUACUAUACCUGCAAUGAAAGUUUUUGUUGAUGAUGAAACUGGUGAGAAUACUGGAAAUGCUAUGUCGGUCUCUGCCACUUCGGCCACCUCUGAUGUCGCAAACACAACAUCAGCAACUUCUUCCGUUGCUUCUUCUACAUCUAUUCUUCCUACCACUUCAACUCCCGCCUCCGUUCCAAUCACUGCUGUAGCUUCUUCGACCACAAUUCCAUCAAUUCCUGCCACUGCUACUCCAAUGCUUACUGUAUCAUCUUUCCCUACCGUAACCACUGGUAUGGGCUUCAUGUCUACACAACCUACAGUCAGCCAAGUGCCAAUCAGUUCCAUGACGACAGCUGCAGCUUCAAUGACUGUUCCAGCAACCGGAAUAACUGCUCCGUUCAUGUUGAAUCAAAGUCAACUUGGCCGUCCUAAUGUAAACAUGAACAUUCAACAGCCAACAUCAACGGCUCCCAUGAUGUCUACCGAUCAAUUGGUCAGCCUCCUGAAUCCUCAGAUUCUUUUACAAACAUCGUUAUUGCAACAACAGCAGCAACAAGCUCAGCAGCAACAGCAACAACAGCAAAAUGCAUGUCUACAGCAGUUAUUGAGUCUUCUGACAGGCAAUCAAGCAAACCAUCUCGCCCAUCCCCAACAAGCACCGGCUCCAACACAAGUGCCAGUUCCUAUGCCUGGACAGCCAGAUAUUUUGGCACUUUUACGUAGUCAACAACAGAUGCAUCAAGCUUCUCAGCAACAUCCCCUGUACAUAACAACUCAACAUGAUCAAAUGUCUCUUACAUCAUCAGCAUCAGAUGAUCUGUUGAAGACGCUGCUGGCAAUGAGACAACAGCCAAUAUUUUCGAAUACGGUUUAA